GCGGUAACUAGUGACGACCAGGUGGAAUAGCAAAGUCUGAACGGAGGAGUUUACAGUCUAGUUCUAGAACCUACAACAGCCCCUUCUGUCCGCGGACAGACAUUAGUUAACGUACCAGACAAAGCUUUAGUAUGGCGGCGGGAGAGGCACGAAAAGUCAUCAUCUACGGCGGGAAAGGAGCACUAGGGGCCACUUGUGUCCAAUACUUCAAGUCUAAAAACUGGUGGGUGGCGUGUAUUGACAUCAAUGCCAAUGAGGAGGCAAGCGUCAACAUCCUAGUCAAACCAACCGACUCCUUUACUGACCAGGCAGAACAGGUGACAGCGGAUGUGUUGUCGUUGCUAGGCGACCAGAAGGUGGAUGCCAUCCUGUGUGUGGCGGGAGGAUGGGCCGGAGGCAGCGCCAAGGCUAAAGCUCUCUAUAAGAACAGUGAUCUGAUGUGGAAGCAGAGUGUGUGGACGUCUACCAUUUCCAGUCACCUAGCAACCAGACACCUGAGAGAAGGGGGGCUGCUCACACUGUCUGGAGCCCAGGCUGCCCUGACCGGAACCCCAGGUAUGUUGGGUUAUGGUAUGGCGAAGGCAGCGGUCCACCAGCUGUGUCAGUCUCUAGCGGGAACCAACAGUGGCCUCCCUCCACAAGCUGCUGCUGUCACUAUACUACCCAUUACCUUGGAUACGCCUAUGAACAGGAAGUUCAUGCCUGACGCUGAUGUCACUUCCUGGACACCACUGGAAUAUGUGGCAGAAAUGUUCUACGGCUGGUCGACAGGAGAGAACCGACCAGCCUCCGGAACUCUGCUGCAGCUGGUGACAUCACAGGGCCAGACACAGGCCACACCGAUGUAGAGGCGCACGCACGUGUAUGUGCACACUCUUCCGCAAUCAUCUGCUCACUGUCCUCAAGAACUGAAAUUACCACAACACUACUUAAUGCUGGGCGCGUUCAAGCAGAUACAUUUUGUCUAGUCGGUCACCGCCUUUCAAAGUGUGUUGCAUUAUGGGGAUAAAAAUAGUUCGACAUGUGCCUACAUAUCGAUUGCAUGAACUUUACAAAUGUAAAAAAAAAAAAAAAAUGAAUAAAAUAAUUUUGCUUCUUCA